AUGUUGAAGGAGUUGAACCAGCAACGCAGAGCGAAAGAGUUUACAGACCUGAAAAUUAUUGUUGAAGGCAAAGAGUUUGAAGUCCACCAAAAUGUUCUAGCUUCCUGCAGCUUGUAUUUCAAGGACCUGAUUAAAAGGUCACCCCGAGACAGUAGCAGAAGCGGAGAGAAGCUGGAAUUGGCCAUGUCCAACCUCACUGCAGAUGUCCUGGAAUUACUCCUGGAGUUUGUUUAUACAGGUUCUUUGAUCAUAGAUUCAGCCAAUGCAAAAACCCUACUGGAAGCUGCCAGCAAGUUCCAGUUUCAUACUUUCUGUAAAGUCUGCGUUUCAUUUCUAGAGAAACAGCUGACGGCUAGCAACUGCUUAGGAAUAUUAGCCAUGGCUGAAGCCAUGCAGUGCACUGAACUAUACAACAUGGCCAAAGCAUACGCCCUGCAGAUUUUCCCAGAGGUGGCAAACCAAGAAGAGAUCCUUAAUAUCUCAAAAGACGACUUCAUUUCCUACAUGUCCAAUGACAGCCUGAACACCAAAGCAGAGGAGCUGGUGUAUGAAACAGUGAUAAAGUGGAUUAAGAAGGAUGCUGCAAUCAGAGCUCAGUAUGCUGCGGAGUUGCUGGCAGUGGUGCGCCUCCCCUUCAUCCAUCCCAGCUAUCUGCUAAAUGUUGUUGACAACGAGGAGUUGAUAAAGUCUUCGGAGGCUUGCCGGGAUCUAGUGAACGAAGCCAAACGUUAUCACAUGCUGCCACACGCCCGACAGGAGAUGCAGACACCGAGGACCCGGCCCAGGCUCUCUGCAGGUGUAGCUGAGGUAAUAGUCUUAGUUGGGGGUCGUCAGAUGAUUGGCAUGAACCAACGUGCUUUAACAGCGGUCACUUGCUUAAAUCCUCAAAACAACAAGUGGUACCCUUUGGCCAGCCUGCCUUUCUAUGAUCGAGAAUUUUUCAGCGUGGUCAGCGCUGGGGACAACAUUUAUCUCUCAGGCGGCAUGGAGUCGGGUGUCACGCUCGCUGAUGUCUGGUGUUACAUGUCCUUGCUCGAUAACUGGAACCUCGUGUCCCGCAUGACAGUCCCACGGUGUCGACAUAACAGUCUGGUGUACGAUGGGAAAAUUUAUACCAUUGGAGGGGUCGGUGUGGCAGGCAACGUUGACCAUGUGGAAAGGUACGACACGAUAACCAACCAGUGGGAGACCAUCGCUCCUCUGCCAAAGGCCGUCCAUUCAGCCGCUGCGACUGUUUGCGGUGGGAAGGUCUACGUCUUCGGUGGCGUGAACGAAGCCGGACGAGCUGCGGGGGUCUUGCAGUCCUACAUCCCUCAGACGAAUUCGUGGAGUUUUAUAGAGUCUCCGAUGAUCGAUAACAAAUAUGCUCCUGCAGUCACUCUCAAUGGGUUCAUCUUUAUUCUUGGAGGAGCUUAUGCACGAGCAACCACCAUCUAUGACCCAGAGAAAGGCAAUAUUAAAGCAGGUCCUAACAUGAACCACUCCAGGCAGUUCUGCAGGUACUGGCAGAACUUAAAGGCCUUUUUCGAAGUAUUACGUGGCCGUUACAGACAGACGGGCCAGUUUUGGGCACUGUUCAGCGCCAGCCCCUCACAGAGCAGUUCCCCAUGCUGGUUUCACGGGGAAGAGCCAUCGCUGGAGCACAAGCGCUGCGGCGGGCGCUGGGUGAGGGCUUGUUACCGAUGUCCGAUGCAGCAGCGUCGCAAGGCACUGAGUAAAAACCAGGACGGGGGGCUGUGCUGGGCGAGCAGGCGAGUGAAACGCCAGCGGGGGUGGGAGGAAGAGCCUCAGUGGGGCAGCAGCUGA